AUGUUCCUCAAAAAGCCAGAGCUGACGGCUGGCUCUCGACCCACCCUAUCUCAAGAUGAGACACUGCUUUCUGUUCAAGAUGGGGUUGGGCUUUAUGAAGGGAAAUACAAGAUAGACACAUGCCAGAAAGGCCAUGCUUAUCUGACUUCCCAUCGAGUAUGCUAUGUCGAUGAUGCUGACCCACGAGCCAAUUCAUGGGCAGUCGACCUGAAAGAUGUCGAAAGACACGAAUUUCAGGCCAGCUUUCUUAAGUCGUCCGCUAAAAUUACUCUCUUCCCCAAACCACUAAAACGGGGUUUUGGGACACUACGAAAGGGAGCUGGAGUACAAUCACCAUCCUUUCAAAGAGUCGCUUCUGCCUCUUCGCCGAAUUCCCGAUCCACUAGUCCCUUCCGCCCAUCGACGACCAUCCCAGCUGUCGUUGGAACCUGGGUUUGUCCAAUAUGCUCGUUCUCGAAUCCUGUUCCCUCAAACUUUGACCCUGCUAUUGCCACAGAAGCAUUUCCACUGCCACCAUGUCUUGCUUGUGGUAUCAAGCCCGCCUUUUCGCUUGUAUUGAAGGCGGCCGUUGCAGCCAACGCAAAGCGGGUUCCCGACAGUGCUCAAGGCCUCAGUGCUACGAAGCAAACAGGCUUUAGACAGUCGUACCACGAAGAGCUCAGCCCUUCUGGAGAGAAUACUUGCCCUCGUUGUACUUUUCACAAUGCUCCUGGGAUGAGUAUAUGUGAGCUGUGCUCUGCGCCUUUAUCGAACGCAAUUUCGGUGCAUAGACACCAGUUCCAGAACUCUAAUCCUCGAGCUGAUUCUCCAGGCGCCGAAAUAUCUGGUCUUUCGUUAGCAGAGGACCACGAACCUCAGAUGGUCAAGUUUUCCUUUCGGAGUGGAGGUGAUCGUGUCUUCUACGACAGACUGAAAAACGCCAUGAUUCAGCGAAAAUGGUUGUUGCAACAAGCACCGCCUAUACCGCAAGCAGACCAAGGCCGUUCCCCGACCCCUCUGAGCGGCUCAGAAAUCAGGGGGACACCAGAACCUCAAGUUGUGGCAGCAGGAAUUGCUGGGCUGGAACAGCGAGGAUUGCGGACCCGCAAGAACAAUGAGGCUGUCCUUGGUAGUGCAUUUGAGGACCUCGAGGCCUUGAUGGCCUCAGCAAAAGACAUCGUGGCGUUGGCUGAACAUUUUGCAGUGGAGUCUGGAUCAAGCAAAGAAGUGUCCGGGAUAUCAUCCGAUCCAGUGCUAUCGCAGUCGGCCGCAGUUCUAGGAAUGAUCACUACCAAAGAUGUCCUUGGAGACAGCUCAAAUGCGCUCUACAUUAACGAGCUUGCACGUAAUUUGGCAGAAUAUGCAACGGACGACAGGAGGGGAGUUCUUCGCCAUCAGGGAGGAACCAUGAGCCUGGUUGAUCUCUGGGCAGUGUUUAACAAAAGUCGAAAUGGAGUUGAACUAGUCAGCCCUGCAGAUUUUCAUAAGGCUUCUGAAGCCUGGGAGAGACUUGGCUUGCCUAUUAAGCUGCGGCGCUAUCGAAGCGGCUUGCUGGUGGUGCAGCGCAAAGACGCUAGUGACGAGAAGACGAUCAGACAACUUCAGGACUGGCUCAAGUCACUGAGGAAUACACAACCUGAGCAACCUGUGCCAUGGAAUCAAGAGAUAUUUAGCUUUGGAGUCACGGCUCAACAAGCAGCCGCAAAGUUUGGCUGGAGUCUAGGAGUUGCCAGUGAAGAACUAGAGAUGGCGGAAGAAACAGGGGCACUCUGUCGGGAGGAGGGGGUGGAAGGGCUCAAAUUCUGGCUCAAUAUCCUGAUUGAAGAUGAUUAG